AUGAAAGCUGAGCUGGAUUUCUGGGAAGCCCGGAGCCACGCGGUUCCCGUGGCGCUGGAUCCCGAGGCGCGGCCCCUGGAUCUCGGGGAUGCGCAGGAUCCGCUCCAGGUGCCGGUGCUGGUGGCGAGGGACGCGCUGGGAGCCGGGAAGCGCUACUGGGAAGUGGAGCUGGGCCGGGAGCGGGACUGGGCGCUGGGAGUGCUGCGGGACGGACCGAGCCUUGCCGGGCCGCAUUCCCGGGAUUCCCGGCAUUCCCGGCGUUGCUGGGCUCUGCGCGCAUCCCAGGGACAGCUUUUCUCCAGCGGCAGCGGCAGCCGCCUGCUCAGGGAGCAGAGCCGGGGUCUCUCCGCGCUCGGGGUGUUCCUGGACUCGGAGGAAGAGCGGCUGGAAUUUUAUGACGUGGAGCAGAAGGAUCUGGUGGCGGUGAUGUCGCUGGGGGCCGGGGAGGAUCCCUCGGGAAAGUUCUUCCCGUUUGUAUCCCAAGGGGAAGAGGGGACGCUCCGGAUCCGCCCGGUGCCGAUGCCGGUGCCGCUUUAAAUCCGGAGGAGAUGAGGGAAGGGCUCCGUGGGAUGGAGGGAAGAGGCAAAUGCUGGAUGUCAGGGAUGGAAAAUUGAAUCUGGGGAAAGUCGUCAUGGUGGAAGGUAAAACAAAGGUGAGAAAGGCAAAAUAAAAG